AUGAAUAUGCUUAUUUCGAAAUUUAUCGAUCCGAACCAACAACAAGGUGGCGGUGAGUCACAAACCAGUCCUAGAUUGGUCGGAAUGAAUGGUAAUGGACAGCAAUCACAACAGCAACAGCAGCAACAGCAACAACAACAGAAACCAAAGUUAAAAUAUAAGAAUUGGUGUGGUCAGGUCGAGAGAAAAGCAAAUUCAAUCACCUCCAUGAUUCCACAGUUGGAUUCACUGGCAUCUACCGAAGAGAAGAAACGUGAGAAAUCGAUGACCGCUCUCACCAAAGUGAAUUCCUCACUACUGGAAAUCAUCAUUCUACUGGAGAUUAUCACUUAUAAACCAAGUAAACAUCAACAACAAUAUAAUAAUAAUAACGGAGGUGGUAUGAAUGAUUUUUCAUUGAGUGGAUCGGGUGGAAUUCCACCACCUCCAUCAUCAUCAACAGCAGCAACAUCAACAUCACCAUCUUCCUCUUCAUCCACACCAAAUUCCGCCACUCCACCAACUUUUAGUAAAUAUAAACAACAACAACAAUCACAACAACAACAGGAUCAACAACAGUCUACGUCAUUAACAGGAUCAACAAUAAUCAAUAGUAUUAAAAAUACAAAAAUGAUAACCAUUACCUGUAGAGAAUCGAUGUUACAAUUGUGGGGAUCUCUCUGUGCAUUCGUCGAUAGAUUCUCAAGCCUGGAAAAGGAUUUCUCAUUGUUCUACAAGACUAUACUGCUGAUUGCGAGACGUCGUGAAUUCGACACUGCCAUAUCGCCACUCAUUGACCCCGUUACUUUCAAAGCAUGGAGCUCCGACAUUAUCACAAAGUAUCGUCUGAAACUCUAUAAAACAUUCUCAUUCAUUGCCAACACCAUCAUCACAACACCCUUCUUAUCAUUACCACUAUCUCAAUUUUGUGCCAAAUUUAUUGUUAUUGCAUUCUUUAGAAUACCAAAAGUUGCAAAAUUAUUAUUGGAUGCAUUGACACCACCGGAAACAGAGAUUAAAGAUAUAGUUUCCUAUUAUCCAUGUCCACAAAAUUUUGGUGAUAGACCAGAUAAAUUACCAUUUCAUUCUUUAAUGAUGCAAUAUGAAAGUUGUGAAAAAGAAAUUGAUAGUAUUCCACAAGGACCUGUGUUUUCGACUUGGCGUCGGUCGCUUCGACGCUGGGCAUCGUUGAACUCUGGAUCAAAGAGUACGGAGUGCUCCCCGAGACUUUUGACAUCAACUUUUUCUGCGAGGAUGGUUAGAAUUAAAAGAUCGGAAUUGUAUCAAUCUGGAUUCUCUAUUGCAGAGUUUAGUAAGUUGACACAUAACAAUACAGUGGCGACAAACAAAUCGUUGUCACCCGCAAAGUAUCCAGAGAAGGAUGAGAAAGCAGACCAUUCCUAUAAUAGUUCUUCGAGAUUGACAUCAUCAACCAGUUCCAUAUCGAUUUCUAGGCCAAAGAACGGUAGUAAUUCAGUUUCCACUCACUCUGGUACACCGAUGCCAACAACCACGCUAAACUCUUCUGGAACCAAGAAAAUACCACCACCUGUACCACCAAGAAACAUGUCUCUAACAUUAUCCUCUCAGAUGAACAACAACAACAACAACAAUGAUGAACAUAGCAACAGUAACAACAACAACGCAGAUCAACAUGAUUAUAAUAAUGACAAUCAAUUCGAUGAACAUCAUCCGAGUCAACAUCAACCACCAGCUCCACAAUUCACCAGACCACCUGAAUUUACUAAAUACAGCAAGGAAUUUUCAAUUGAUUUGGAAUUGUUUACAAAUAUUGAACUUUAUAUUAAGAAUGUAUCGGAUCAAUUCAGAUCACCAGAGUUGAAACAUCAUGAUCCAAAGUUGACCAACUAUGUUGCACCUUCACUGAGUGAAUUCAAAACCUAUAUAGCUAUCAACAAUCAAGCCAAUGCGACACCACCAAAGAUCAUUCCACUAAUGCAUCAAGGUCCAACUCCUCUUAACUUUUUAAAAGAUUAA